AUGGCAGACCUGCCAAUCAGACGCCCUUCUCGUAAAGAAGCCCCGCCGGUCAUCAAGGACAAGGUAUCAGUGUGCUCGAAGCCAUGGCCAAAGCAGAUGGCGGCCGGAGCAGCGAGCCAAGCGGUAGCGGCGGCAGCAGCGGCGGCCCGUCCUCGUUUGCAGCAUUUGCGGCAAUCCUGCAAAAUGCACAACACGCCGAUGUGCCAACGCGUCUCGACGUGCACAGCGGCCAGGGUACGGCCUUCCAGUUUGCACAGGUCUGCUUAGCGCGCGCAGAAGAGGCGCGCCUGUCGAUCGGCUCGGCAGGAGGCCGAGGUGGGAAUGGUGGAACAGGGUCAUCAUUGAUUGUCGUGCAAAAUGAAGACGAGGUGGAAUGGGAUCAGGAUGGUGACGCGCUUGGCUGGGAGAUGGAAGCGCGCACCUGGCUCUUGAUUGGCCUACUCAGCGCUGAGCGCUACCAUCAACGGAAGUACCAGCCCCAGCAGCAACGAAAUACACGACCAUCUCUCUCCAAGGGCAUUACCCACGAUGAGGAGCCGGAAACAGCAGCGAUGUCUUUCUCCUCAAAUCCAUACGACCCGCCCAUCUCGCGCGCACAGACAUUCAUCGCAUCCCCAUCCACACAAUUAUCCGAGCUGAACGUGAUCCGCGAGUGGCUGCAGGCGCAUGUGCUGCCCGUACGCCAUCCCAUCGAGGUGCGACAGGGCUACUGGACAUUCACCAAGCACAAACUUAGGAAUGCGCAGCGCACGGGCGCGAUGGGCCUUCAACCUGGCGUAGAGCGAAACGCAGCCGGUAUAUCCCUUGACCCAGACUUUCCCAAUCGCGCGAGCAGCGCCCCCUCCGGGAGCGCCAACACCAGCACCACCUUGACCUCACUGUCCUUCGAAGACGCCACUUAUGAAACCGCAUCCUGGCGCUUCCUAUUUGAACUUGCGCGCCACGGGCGUCUAGAUCUGUGCUUUGACAUGGCACGCCAGAUGAAUGCGCAUUGGAAAGCAGCAAGCUUGCGCGGAGGCUUGCUCUACUCUGAUCCAGCGUUACUGGGCACAGGGAUGGACGAGGAUGACGCCUACCAAGACGGAGACACGGCAGGCUUAGUGGGCCUGGAGAAGCGAGCGAUGGGAAAUCGCAACCGUGCCCUCUGGAAGGCCGUCUGUCGGCGGAUCGCUUCCGGCGUGGCGAGUGCGCAUGGAAGCGCAGGCGCAGGUGCCGGCGUCGGCGCAGAUGCAGACGCGUACGAGCGUGCAUUGUACGGCAGCCUCGGCGGUGACCUGCGCUCUGUGCUCGCUGUCUCACACAGCUGGGAGGAGCAGCUGUGGGCGUACGUGAACGCUUCUUUUGAAGCGAAACUCGACCGCCUUCUCACUUCCCCUGUAUCUGGCUCUGAUGCUUCAGCUGGGGCGAACCCGGAAGAGGCUGCGCAAGAUAACUGGUGGUACGCCAAAGAGGGUUGCACAACUGGGCGGGAGAUGAUAGGCAUCGAUGGCGACAGCAGCAUAGAUGAGUCGGUGAAGAUGUCCCUCAAAGCAAUUUUCGAUCGACUAGAGCAGACGCAGACCGAUGGCAUUUACGCACAAGCGAACGACCCUUUUCGAACGUUCCAACGCUACCUGAUCCUCAACACGACCGACUCGCUGCUCGCGCAAGUAGACGAGCGCCUGCGCCUCAUGCGUACGACCCUCACGCGCGCGCAGUACGCGCGAUUCGUCCGCUUCUUUGCGCACUACAUCCUCUUCGCCAGGCUCAUUCGCACCGAUGCAGAUGCGGACGGCCAGGCGGGGCAGCCGCCCGAAGCAGGCACCGACUCGGAGGCGGCGCGCAAGGAAGGCAGCAACAGCAGCAGCGCUGAGCUGGCCGCGAACGCCAUCCUGCGUCUGUACGUCGAGCUGCUCGAAGAAGCAGGGCAAGACGACGAUCUGAUUGCUCUGUACGCAUCGAGCCUCGACUCGCAAAAUGCAGUCGAUUCAUACGCGCAGUACCUCAAGUCCAUCGAUGUCAACACUGACAUCGGCACGAGGAGGAGCGCGCUGCUUCGCGCCAAGGAUCAUGAUCUUGACCUACCAGCCGUUGCGCGACGCACAGUAGCACUGGUCUUUGACGACUCGAUUCCUAUGGUUCCAAGCUUACUUGAAGAGAUGGGUCACAUCAGCAGCUUUGAGCUUGGCCUCAGCCCUGUCGAAGAGCGGUUAAUCAAAGCGGUCGACUGGCUCGGCUUUGAUGCCGCCACGUACGAAGACUACAUUGUUGAGAGCAAUGCGCUCAUGCGCCUGUUCUUGUCAUCUGGGCGUCUGCACGCAGCGCGCACGCUCCUCUUCAGCCUUUCACAAGAGAUUGUCGGCAUGGCCGCAGGCUUUAACUUGCCAGGAGAGCAAAGCACCGAGCAUCUGCAAUGGCAUAGCUUCUUUGACGCGUUGAACCAGCAUGACCGCUUUGUGCAGAUUUGGAGCGAGAGAAAGAACGAAACGUCCACAACUCGUACCGAAAAGGCAAAGUGGGACAAAGCUGUUGCGCACGCUUGCGGGGAGGCCUACCGAUCCGCUAUGCAAGUGUUCGAGCAAGAUUGGCUCAAGCUGGACAUCGUGCCCGAGACUGCCGCAGAUGAAGAGCGCCUCGAGCAGCUCGCACGGAUGCGCAAGAUCUACAUACCGGACCUUAUCUUUCGCUUGCACAACAUGUUCUUUGAUACCAGCGAACUUCUUCGCGACAAUCUUGCCUCAGCCCUACAACUGGCCAACGUAGUAGCCGACGAGCGUAUGAAACUAUAUCUCGAGUUCAUCUGGCCGAAGGAGAACAAGCUCAAAGAGUAUUUGACUCUCGUCAGGGAGGCGUCGCUUGCCCAGCUCGAAGACAGCAGUAUGGAUGGAAAUGUCUUCAAGGCGGUUGAGCGUGCACCCAAGCUGUAAUUAGAGCAAGCCUCUCAAAUGCGUGAGAUCUAUUUCAGAGAUG